CCUUGAAGAGAGUAAAGAGAGAGAAAGCUAGAGCUUGAAGAUGGUGAGAGCUCCCUUCUAUGAUAAAAAUGGAAUGAAGAAAGGUGCAUGGAGUGCAGAAGAAGAUCAUAAACUAAGAUCUUAUAUUCAGAGAUAUGGCCACUGGAAUUGGCGUGAACUUCCAAAGUUCGCUGGUCUUAAAAGGUGCGGAAAGAGUUGUAGAUUAAGAUGGAUGAAUUACCUCCAGCCUCAAGUAAAACAUGGGAACUACACUGAAGAAGAAGAUGCCUUGAUCAUGAAAUUACAUGAAGAAUUGGGUAACAGAUGGUCCACGAUCGCUGCAAGAUUACCUGGAAGAACAGACAAUGACAUUAAAAAUCACUGGCAUACUCAUCUAAAGAAGCGUGCAAAGCGAAAUCUAAAAACAUCUGAUGGGAAAGAAUACGAUUAUACAACUUCCCAAACUGAGGCCACCCACAACUCUGAAGGUGAAGCUGAAAGCAUAAUUAUUGAUACUCUCCCCAGUAUGAUCUUAGAGAGUUCACCCUUGUCUCCUACAACAUCUUCAAGUACCGAAUUGUACUCCUUCAGCUCCGAAAGUGGAUUUAUAUCCAGCUUAAAUAUUGGUGCCACGGAGGAUAUUUGUCUUCAUUCUUCAGAAAUAUAUGAAGAUCAAAGCAGUGGAGAUUUCUGGAGUGAGCCCUUUGUAGCAGACAAUAUCUACAACCAAGAUGGUUAUCCAUCAUUCUUGGCAAGGGGCGAAUUUGCGCUGCCAUUGCCUUAUGACAUGUAUUUUGAUGAUUCUGCUGAUUUGCUCUAUCAAGUACUGAUGCAUGAAUUACCGUAAAUUUACUUUUGGUUAUUUGCCAUGCUAGCAUGUUAAGUAUAUUAGUACUAUAUUGCAAUUGUAUCUUAAGGAGAAACUAAAAUUAUCAUAGCUAUAACUUAUUAACAUGC